AAUCGCUUCUUCGCAGAACGCAGUCGCCCAGCGGUAGUUCGCCCAAAGCCGCCCCGUCGGGCGAUGUGAUCGCACAUCCGCAGCUCAACGCUCCUGUCGAACGCAACGCCAUCGCCGAUCGGUUCGCUGAUGACACCGCAGCGGCCGCCCCGCCGCAGGGCGCAAUCGGUGGGCAACUCCAACAACUAUGGCUCGACCCCAACGCCAGCUUCCCAUACGCCACGAGGAUCACUCUUUACGGCCAACGACGAAGAUGUCUGCUACGUGCGAAUCAAAGUGCUGUCGGCGAAUUCACUCGCCAAAAAGGACAUCUUCGGCUACAGCGAUCCAUACGUGAAGAUCGAGCAGAACACGAUCACCGGCGACGUUAACGUAACUCAGGUGGUGACCAAAACGAAGCGAAGGACGCUAAAUCCGAUUUGGGACGAAGAGUUUAUACUUCGAGUCAAACCGAACGAACACAAGCUUGUGCUGCAGGUGUUUGACGAAAAUCGCCUCACGCGCGAUGGCUUCAUGGGGCUGGUCGAUCUGACGCUGAUCAACUUGCCGCGUGAACAGGAGGGCCGAACGAUCGCGUUCAAAACGUAUCCGCUGCGCUCCAAGCGGCAGUCCAGUUUGCGCGGGACCAAAGUGCGCGGUUCGCUCGUCCUCUACCAUGCGAUCAUGCGCGACGAUGAUCCGCUCGUUGUGCGAACAUUUGGAGGUGGAAGUGCCAGUGCCGCCCAAGCGGCCGGAACGGCCUGGUCCCCGGUGAGCAGCGGUGAUCGAACGUCGUCACCUGCAGCGGCCAGCACACCCGUUCUAACGACGGCGCCAUCGCAGGCGGCGGGGCCAAAUUUGCAUCAGCUGCAACAGCACCACUACCAUGAGCGGCAACAGCAACCGGAACCACUGCCACCGGGCUGGGAGGUGCGACAGGAUCCGGUCGGCAGGACGUACUACGUGAACCACAUUGCCCGGACCACCCAGUGGGAGCGGCCCAGCAUUCUGUACGCUCAACCGGGGCUGAACGAAAUGGUGGCCGCAUUUCAGCGACGGUUUCAUAUCAGCAACGUUCCGGACAAUGGCAACAACAGCAGCCAGCUGGCGGACAGUGUCAGUAUUACUUCGGAAGUUGGUGGCACUGGCAGUGCAGCUGCGCCGGCAGGAGGCUCUCCGCUCCCACCGCUCGCUGACCGAUCGUUAAACAAUUCGACGGUCAGCCUCAGCCCGUCCGCUUCAGGGCGGAACGAAGGCGGCUCCCAGCUAUCGCCGUCGACGUCGAACACAUCAAUCGCCAGCACCAGCCGCCCGACGCGUCCUGCACCACCACCACCUCCUCCGGCACGCUCUAGUCCAACGGGUACACCGACGCCCAGGCCGCGACGUCUAUUAGCGCCAUCGGACGUGGCUACCCCGAACGAGGAGAGUAGCGAACGACCCACGGAAAACGGUGAUCUUCCGGCGAGCAGCGAAUCCAAUGGCGGCAGCACCGUGUCCGUUCGUAGCAGCAGCAUCACCCCGGUCAAUGGUGACGAUGGUGAAGAUGAGAGUUCGGCCAGCGCACCAGAGUCGAAUGAAGUCGGGAUGUCUUCCCCCCCAAGUGGCCAACCCAACAGCAGUGCUGGAACCGUUCCGGCGCACGCAUCGCGAUCGGACUCACCGGCACUGUCGGGCAGUUCGAGUGCGCCUCCGACAGUCGGAACUGCGUCUUCAACUGCUGCUACUGCUGCUGCUGCUGCUGCUGUAGCACCAGCUCCUAGUGCUGCAGGUCUUCCACCCGGUUGGGCAGUACAGACAGCGGCCAACGGGCGUCUUUUCUUCAUUGAUCACAUCCACAAAACGACAUCCUGGGUCGAUCCGCGUACCGGCCUCGCAAGCCCCAUUCCUAAUGCACCCGGCUCAGUUGCCAACGGUGCGGCCGGAUCUGGAACGGCCAACGGAGCACUCAGCAAUGGGCAAGAUUCGCGCUCAACGGACGACAAUCUGGGCCCGCUGCCCGAGGGCUGGGAGGAACGGGUCCACACCGAUGGGCGCACGUUCUUUAUCGAUCACAACACGCGCAUCACGCAGUGGGAUGAUCCACGACUUUCGAACCCGAAAAUUGCCGGCCAGGUAGUGCCGUACUCGCGCGACUAUAAGCAAAAGUAUGAAUUCUUCAAAAACCAGCUCCACAAGCCGAACAACGUGCCGAACAAGAUCGACAUCAAGGUGAAGCGGGCCUCGAUCUUCGAGGACUCGUAUCGGGUGAUUAACUCGGUCACGAGGACCGAUCUGCUGAAGACGAAGCUGUGGGUCGAGUUUGAGGGUGAGACCGGUCUCGACUACGGUGGAUUGGCACGUGAGUGGUUCUAUCUGCUGUCGAAGGAGAUGUUCAAUCCGUACUAUGGGCUGUUUGAGUACUCGGCGAUGGAUAACUAUACGCUGCAGAUCAAUCCGGACAGUGGUCUGUGCAACGAGGAGCAUCUCAACUACUUCCGCUUUAUUGGCCGAAUCGCCGGAAUGGCCAUCUACCACGGUAAGCUGCUCGAUGCGUUCUUCAUUCGGCCAUUCUACAAAAUGAUGCUCCAGAAGCCGAUCGAUCUAAAGGAUAUGGAGGCGGUCGAUACGGAGUACUACAACUCGCUGCUCUACAUCAAGGAGAACGAUCCGAGCCCGUUGGCCGUAACGUUCAGUCUGAACGACGAGCGGUUGGGCGCGAUGCACCAGCACGACCUGAAACCGAACGGUGCCGAUCUGGAAGUGACGAACGACAACAAGGACGAGUACAUUCGGUUGGUGAUCGAUUGGAAGUUUGAGGCCCGCGUUAAGGAUCAGAUGCAAGCGUUCCUCGAAGGGGUCAGUUCGCUGCUUCCGCUUAAUCUACUUAAAAUUUUCGACGAGAACGAACUCGAACUGCUGAUGUGCGGCAUUCAGAGCAUCGACGUGAACGAUUGGAAGAAAAACACGAUGUACAAGGGUGAUUACUACGCGAACCAUGCGGUCGUGCUGUGGUUCUGGCGGGCGGUGCUUACGUUCAACAAUGAAAUGCGCGCCCGGUUGCUGCAAUUUGUGACCGGAACGUCGCGGGUCCCGAUGAACGGCUUCAAGGAGCUGUACGGCUCGAACGGUCCACAACUGUUUACGAUCGAAAAGUGGGGCACAGUCAACAACUUUCCACGGGCCCACACAUGCUUUAAUCGACUAGAUCUGCCGCCGUAUGAAAGUUAUACCCAACUGAAGCAUAAACUGAUCAGCGCAAUCGAAGGCAGUCAAGGAUUUGCGGGCGUAGAUUAGUCUGUUGCUCUGCGGCGAUAACGGCACCAGAAUGGGCCCGACGCGAUUCGUCAUGCCGUUGAGUUUACUUUCGAUAUGAAACGAAAGAACAUUCCGAUGAAGAAAGGUGGAACGGAUGAAAUGGACUUCAGCAAUCAGUCGGAAAAGAAUCAGUUCUGGGUGGGUUAUUAUGUGAUUUGAAAACAGUACGCGCAUUUGGUGGCAUUGUGUGUGCUGAAUGCCAACACUUCGGGGGUAGUAUUAUUGCUGCUUCAAGCGCGAGCAAAAUAGAAAAAAGGUUUCGAUUUCUCGAAACUGGAAAAAAAUUAUUUUAAAUGAGUAAUCGUUCAUGGAACGUUGCUAAACGUUCUGCCCGAGGAACGUUCACCAAAAAUAUAUGCUGAAUUGCAACGAGAUUCACUAUUUGCACGAAAAUGAAGCCAAAAAAUGGGUAGAUCAGUGGUUGCGGUCCUGAAAUGACGACUGUGGACAUUGCGCACACAUGAGAGAAACAUGUUUGGAUCGAUAACGUAGAGAUUGUUACAGAACUUGUCCUUCAGUGCCUUCCGGUGGUUUUCAAUUUAGGUUUUUUUUCUAUUCGUUCAUAUUACGUUUAAUCUGUUGCUCAAUUUACAAUCGGAUUUGCACCCUUACUA